AUGGGGAACGGAAGUUCCAAAAGUCGUCUAAGCGAUCACGUAGCACUUCCGAAUUCAUCCGCUCCUAUACCUAAUGUUUUCAUCACCCGUUCGUCGUCGAUGGAUAAUUUCGAAAGACCGAAGCCUAUUUCAUCACUACCGACACCAUUGGAUGGAUGUACGUUCGAGCUCGAUCCGCGUGAGACGAUGGUUUUAGCUGGGACUCCUCCGCCAGAUCGACCACCUCCUCCACCACCUGAGGAAGCUCUUCAUAAUUGUGGUGGCAGCUACUUUGGUGAAAGUACCAUUAUACAGUCAGACGACGGGUCAAAUCCACCACCCCUACCACCAGGUCCACGAGCUGGACUUCCUGUAAUUAAAAGAAAUAUAGUACAUGCAAAGGAUUGCAUCAGCCAGUUUGAUGCGUUAAAUACAACCGAUAGACCGAAAGUCACUAAGGAAUCUCAAGCAAUGAGGAACUUCCUCUUCCAUGAGCGUACUCAACCAUUCAGCUAUGCUCCCUUAACUGAAUCAAGUACCACUGCCACCACAAAAUCAAAUUUCGAUGAAUAUCCAGUUUAUAAUCCGGUUACUGACUACACCUUUAAAAGUGGAAUGUCAUUUCAACUUGGCGCAUUUCCUAUUGACACGACACGCGUUAAUAUGGGAUUUUGCGGAAGACAAGGUGCCGGCAAAUCCACAUUGAUCAACGCUUUACGAGGACUGACCCUUACCGAUCCACAAGCAGCCGGUCGACACCCGUGUAAUAAUAUGGAGCCGUUCCGGUACCUUUUUCCGAGCUUCGUUGUUAAUAGGAGGGCUUUUUUAGGAUUGGGAUUCUUGGAGGAUGAACUGCAAAAUAUCGUACUUUGGGAGAUACCAUACCCACGAGCCUUCGCAUCGGUUUCAGAUAUCUAUGACAGGAACAUGGGUUUCGAUAGAUUUUAUGAAUCGCAUAAGUUAAAUCUUUUCCGUCGAGUUUUUCUUUUAAUUGCUGACGGCGCUCCGCAUGAUGAUGAUAUUUCAUUCGCAAGGAUCGUUCACUCAAGGUUCGACUUUUGUUUCCACUUUUUUUGCUGGCUUCCAGAGCUCCUAGAGUGUACUUGCAAUCUACGAACACCGUUGACAAUGCUGUCGACGAAAUCCGACGAUGACCUCGACGCUGAGUCUAGGGAGUUCGGUCGUUCAAUUGACAAUUCCCUUAAAAGAGAAUACGAUGCCAGAGCUCGGAGUGUCUUUAUAAAGUCGUUGAUGUUAAAAGCUCAAAUACUGACAACCACUGAGUUGCUUCUGAUUAGCAGUCCGGUGGUGAAAAAUCUAGUCAGUGGAACAAUCGGCUAUUUGCAUUAUAAGUUGGACGAAGACAAACUACUCGAAUUAGUAGAUCUUCAACCAGGAUGUCAUUAUGCUUUAGAAAAUCAACUUAGAAAAAGUGGGGAACGCACACGUGAUACAUCAUCGUCUUUUCCACCUCAUCACAUCCAAAAAUCCACUAUACUUGCUGAUGCGGGCUUCGAGAUACUGUUUGGAACUGAUGAUCGAGUAUUCGGGAAUCUCGAGCCAAAAUCGACGACUGCAUUCAAUUAUGGAUUUAUUGGUGGAGCUGGUGUUGGAAAAUCGGCGAUAAUAAAUUCCAUGAGAGGAAUGUCAUCAAAACAUCCACUGGCAGCUGGAAAGACCCGAAUGAAACCCGGGUCCUGCGAACGCUUCGAAUUCGACGAUGACUUACUCAAGUACAGUGUAACACUGUUCGAAUUACACUAUCCAAAGAAAAUAAGUGCGUACUUUGAAUUUAUCGAAGAUGAAGAAAAGAAGUGCAAGAAGGAUUUUGGAAUCGUGAGCUCUACUCGAAUCCUUGUAGUUGUUAUUUUCAGUAGAUACAAUAUUGCGAGUUUCACAGCGAUAUUUGUGUUAAUCGACGAAACACCAUCUGACGAAGAUCUUUCGUUCUCAAAGAUCGCCCAUCGUAGAAACGCUGCUGUGGUUUUUCUCUCGUCAAAAAGUGAUCGGAAGUUGGCUGCUCGAAGUCGCAGUGAUGAGAUUCCCGUCUGCGACCUUCUGAAGCAGCGCUUUGUUGACAAAGGCCUGUCUCGUUUCGACAGAUCUCUAGCAGCUAACGCUCCAGAACUCUGUGGACGAGUGCAUGCAUUUUUCGUUAGUGCACCAGUUUUUCGGGCUUUGAGAGUUGGAGAUGCUCGAGGUAUGCAGUUCAUUCUUCAUGAACGUGCUGUGUUCGAUUUUCUCAAGCAGAAACGAAUUGUUGCCGAUCUACUCGAUUCACCAAAAGAUUUAAAGGAAGGCUUACAUGCAAAUGUGAAUCUUGACACUGCCGGUGUUACUAUGGAAAGUUCCUGA